UUAAAAUUAAAGUGUUCAUUGUUCAUUCAGUAUUGUUGUAAUUGUCAUAGAUUAAAAUCGGCUGAUUUCUAUAAUAUGUAUCUGCUUUUUAUUGGUCCUCCAAUAAACGGUAUCAGCGUUGAAAAAUAAUAAUCGGUCGACCUCUAAUAGGGAUUGAUUGAAUAUGUCCGUAAACACACCAGCCAGCUGGUCUACGCAUGCUCUGAGGACGCAGCUAGGGAUGCCGUCUGGGCCAUCAGCCUUGCGAUGGUUAACACAUUUUAAAUGUUUUACUCACGUAGGUCACGGAGAAGGAGCGGGCCGCGUCGGUGGCACUGUAUUGUCCAAAAGCGUGUAAAGAAGUUGUUUAAUUUGUCUGGAAGCAAGACGUUGAUGUCUGCGAUGGGGCUGGUUUUCCUUUUGUAAUCCUUGAUUGUCUGUAGACCCUGCCACAUACGUAUUGUGUUUGAGCCGUUGAAUUGCGACUCCACUUUGUCUCUAUACUGACAUUUUACAUGCUGACCAAACCGGACACAUCGCGUGCGCGAGCGUCUCAAAAUACAUUUAGAAAUCCAUGUUAUUCAAUUAUUGCACCCACACUGCUUGUGCGCGCCAACGAGCAUCUGUGUUGCCAAGGGCUAAAAUAGAACUCCUUUCUAUUUUUGACGCAGAUCGCGCUGCAAGUCCUGCCUCUCCUAUCUCCUCAUUGGUUUAUAGAAGCAAGUACCCACGUGCCAUCUCCUCACUGGUUAUACCCACGUGGGUGAUUGAAAGAUUAAAUGUUUUGCUGGUUGUUGUGGUAAUACUAUGAAAGUGUAGAUGCCAAUCACCGUAUAUAAGUUCAAAUAUGAAAAAGCCUGGAAGGAGGAGAGAUGACUAGAAACGAUUUGGUUGGCCGUUUUAUGUGUGGAUUAAUUGUCGGAGUAGUGGGCCUUGUGCAUUUCAGGUAAAAUAACAACUCAAUGUUUAUAUCCCAGGAUAAAUUAGCUAGCAACAGCAAGCUAGCUGAUUAGGACAAAUUAGCUAGCAAGCUAACUAGCUAAAUUACCAUACAUGUUUAAUGCUUUUCGACCUGUCCUCAAAUUAAUGUCAUUGGUUCAGAGUUUGUUUUGAUAUUUUAACCUGCAUGUCAUGAUCACGUUUGGAGUAGGGGGACAAAGUAAAUGUAUGCACGAUAGCACAUGAUGGCGCACGCUCGCAGCCGGUUUGGGUUCCGUGUUAGCUUAUUUGAUUGCCUUACGGAGGGAAUAACUACACUUUGUGUUCGGCCAUAUUUCCAGUUACCACCGCAUUUAAUCAUGGCAAGGCAUGUGCUUUCAGUUUUGCUCGAAAGCUGCCAUCAGUCCACGGUUUCUGGUUAGGGAAGGUUUUAAUUGUCACAGUGGGUACAACAUCUCCUAUACACUUCCUUCUAAACUCGCUCACAGGAUCAGCGUUUACGUCAAUGUUAUUAUCUGAGGCUACCCGGGAACAUAUCCCCAGUCCAUGUGAUCGAAGCAAUCUUGAAGCGUGGAAUCCGAUUGGUCAGACCAGCGUUGGAUUGACCAAAGCACGGGUGCUUCCUGUUUUAGUUUCUGCCUAUAGGGGGGGAGCAACAAGAUGGAGUCAUGGUCAGAUUUGCCAAAAGGAGUGCUGGGGAGGGUCUUGUAUGCAUCGCGGAAGUUAGAGUAGUAAUGGUCGAGCGUGUUACUCGCUCCUGUACAGCAAUCGAUAUGCUGAUAGAAUUUAGGUAGCCUUGUUCACAAAUUAGCUUUGUUAAAAUCCCCAGCUACAAUAAAUGCAGCCUCAGGAUUAGAGGUCGACUGAUUAAUCGGAAUGGCCGAUUUCAAGUUUUCAUAAUAAUCGGUAUUUUUGGGCACCGAUUAAAAAAAAUAUAUAUAUCUUUAUUUAACUUGGCAAGUCAGUUAAGAACAAAUUCUUCUUUACAACGACCGCCUACAUCGGCCAGACCCGGACAACGCUUGGCCAAUUAUUCGCCUCCCUAUGGGACUCCCAAUCACAGCCGGUUGUGAUACAGCCUGGAUUCGAACCAGGGUGUCUGUAGUGACACCUCUAGCACUGAGAUGCAGUGCCUUAGACCGCUGUGCCACUCAGGAGAUACCUUUAGCACAGGUGUUUAAACUGAGUCAGGGUCUCAACUUACAAGUUCAAAUAGUAGAAUACACAAGGUGCAAUUUAGAAAUGUAGUUGUCCAUCAGCAGUUUCUCUCUGUCAGUCAAUUAUCCCCAGUCAGCUAACAUUUUUUUAGAUAGCUGUACACUAAACUAACAAUCUAAACUUGUAACUAUGGUCUAAAUACUGAUUUUGUUAGUCAGUCUCACUCAGAUUUCAUAUAAAAAACUGCAAAAAUACCUAUAAACCUUAUGCCAAUGUGUAGAAUUGCAGAAAAUUUGCUGUUACACAGCAAAUUGUCCUCUCUGCAAAAUGAGUAGACUUGCAUGAAAUUUGUUAUCAAGUGCAAAAUCUCCUCUCUGCCCCAUGGCAAAAUGUGUACAAUUACAGCAAAGAACUUUCUUUUAAAACUGCAACACUUUCUCUACACCAUGGCAAAAUGUGUAGAAUUGCACGAAACUAACAGCAUUUCUCUCCACUGUCAAGAGGGGAGGGCACUAAAAGGUUUACUCUCAAUGUGGAGGGGUUGUGGAUGUGAGUACUCAGACCCGUGAGCAUCUGAGGCACCUCAUGAUGAGUUGCCCAUCCCUGCUUUAUUCAUGAAGGUGUCUUCUGGGGGAGUUUUGUUAAGAGCUCUGAUGCACUUUCUGAAAGUUAUCACGCAUUGCUUGCGGUACAGUUUUAGAAACGUAAGGACCAAUUUUUCAUCAGUGAGAAAUCAUUUUCAAAAAACCAAAGGUUAAACACACCUUUUUUGGGGGAUAGUGUUCACACACGGCCAUAUCUACACAUUACAGCGCUUGUUUACGGAAGAUAAAGGUGAUCACUAGUGAGCUCAAACACCUGUGUGUAAGCGAACUGGGAAGUAAGUGUAGUUUGUCGGCUGGAGGCACACAACCGUAUGUGCAAACCUGCUGAGGCAGCAGCAGGGAUUUUGUGCUAUGUUGGAGCCUACGUGUUCAUCACGUAUGAUGACUACGACCACUUCUUUGAAGAUGUGUACACCCUUAUCCCUGCUGUGACCAUAAUUGCAGUAGGAGGCCUCCUUUUCAUCAUCGGUCUUAUUGGAUGUUGUGCCACAAUACGAGAAAGCCGCUAUGGGCUUGCAGCGUUUGUCGUACUUCUCCUGCUGGUGUUUGUGACGGAAGUGCUUGUGGUGGUUUUUGGUUAUAUUUACAGGUCAAAGGUUGAAGAUGAGGUCAAUCGCUCCAUCCAGAAGGUGUACAAUGAGUACAAUGGCACCAACACAGAUGCUCCGAGCCGUGCAAUUGACUACGUGCAAAGACAGCUUCACUGUUGUGGGAUUCACAAUUACUCUGACUGGAGGAACACACGCUGGUUUAAUGAGUCUCGAAACAACAGUGUACCAGUGAGCUGCUGCAAACCUAACGUCAGCAACUGUACAGGCUCUCUAGCCCAUCCUGGAGACCUCUAUCCAGAGGGUUGUGAAGCCCUUGUUGUGAAGAAACUAAAGGAGAUUAUUAUGUAUGUCAUCUGGGCUGCACUGACGUUCGCUGCAAUUCAGGUAUUUGGGAUGCUGUGUGCCUUUGUUGUGCUGUGCCGGAGGAGCCGUGACCCUGCCUAUGAACUUCUCAUGACGGGGGGAACCUACGCAUAAGGACCCUACACUCUCACACCACACCACACACACACACACCUAGGCUUGUGGCUUUGUCAGUGGCGAGUGGUUCACUGGCUUGCCCAAGUUCAGGUCUCUACUGUAAGCUGAAAAUCUCCUCACACACACAGUGGCUCAUACUCCACAAUGGUGAAAAACCUAUUUAUUUACAUGCUAUGUAAGUUGAUGUUUUGUUUUAGGUGUCUUAUUAAAAAUGCUACAAGCCAAAUUCUAAAAUGGUGAUUUAAACACGUUUUUUGUUUAAUUUGUUGCUCUGACUACUUACCCCUUUGUUUGAGGUAGACAAGGAUGUGAAUGAUGGACCUACUGUACGGAAUAUGUGGACUGAAUACUUUCCUCAUGUCUGUUUGCACUGUGUAUGGCCUUGGAAUAUUUUAUAACGAUUUAAAUCUAUCAUGUAAAUAACUGAGUUGAAGAUUCCCUUGUAUGAGGUUGCCUUGUGCUACUGCUUUGUUUGUGUCCAGACCUCACCCUUCACCAGCACCAUUCUGUUUUUUGAUAAGAAGCAGUAGAACUAUAGACCGUAGAUUAAUUACAGGCACUGGAUCGACCCACCAGGAAUGAGCAGUAACCAAAGUGCAGUCAAUUAACUGAUCUGCUUUUUAAGAAUGUGGGCAUUUGAUUCGGUGCAUAAAACAGGCUUAUUUAGGAAUAAUCCACAUGCAUUGUUACUGAGCUUUUGUUGUACUUUGUGUGGAGUUGAGCACACUAUGUAGGCCUAGUUUUAAAAUAGAUUUUAGCCAUGUACAGAAACGUAAACCAGAGAUGAAUGUAAAUAGAAUGGGGUAAAACUAACAAGGAAAUAAACUGUGUAUAUUCCAUCCAGAA